GUGUCAAUUUCACCAUGAUUCGGACUAAGGUAAAGGACUAAUAUGCGAGAAAGCGACCUUAGCCGCGCUAUUCUUAUAUGAAAACGAUACAUUAUCCUACUGUGACCUAACUUCGUUAACCUACCAUUCUCCAACUACUUGAAAUGAGGUACCAUGCCGUUUGUGGAAUUCAUUGCAGGAUGGAUUUCAGGCGCAGUAGGGCUGGCUGUAGGACAUCCCAUGGACACUGUGAAGGUGCGCCUCCAAACCCAAUCCACCUACAAAGGGAUAUUUGACUGUGUGGUACGGACGUACAAACAUGAAGGGUUCCAUGGUUUCUACAAGGGUAUGGCCUUCCCUGUCCUCACUAUCGCCAUAAGCAACGCGCUGGCCUUUGGUUCUUAUAGCAAUGCCUUGGAUUACCUCACCCAAUCACAACGCAGGGAACGCAUCCAAGGCAACAAGGCACCAAUAUUGACCAUCUACAUAGCUGGAUGCUUCUCUGGAUUGACUCAGGUGCUGGUCGCAGCGCCUGUUGACCUGGUGAAGGUGCGUCUUCAGAACCUAACCGAAAGCCGCCCGGAGCGGGCCAUGGCUAAGUACCGUGGCCCUAUGCACUGCUUGGCUGUCAUCUUCAGAGAGGAUGGGGUCAGGGGCCUGUUCAGGGGAGCAGGGGCUCUCAUCCUGCGUGACGUCCCCUGCUUUGGCCUUUACUUCCUGCCCUACGAGAUCACCUGCAGGCUGCUGACCGAGGAAGGAACACAACCCAGUACCCCUACCGUGUUAAUGGCCGGAGGAAUCGCUGGUGUGAUCACAUGGGGUUGUGCCACGCCUAUGGACGUAAUAAAGGCUCGGCUCCAAAUGUCCGGGGCUGGCGGCCGAACAUACAUGGGGGUCAUGCACUGCAUCACCACCAGUGUGCGGGAAGAGGGUGUGCGGGUGUUCUUCAAGGGGCUCCUCCUGAACAGCCUGCGAGCUUUCCCUGUCAACGCCAUCACCUUCCUCGUCUAUGAGAUACUGAUGAAGUGCAUGACUGCGCCACCUACAGGGGAUAUAGCCAUUAGAGGUGUUCUAAUGAAAUGAAAGUCACAUAGCUGAUGGGACAUAGCAUCUUUAUUUCAUC